AUGGAGAAAAGCAACAACUCGACAUCGGAUUCGAUGGGUACUGCGGGGGUUACGGUAUCGCCCCGUCGUCGCAAGACAUCUCGUGCCGGAUCAAGCCCCGCCCCUCGGACUGCCCUCUCCGCCACUACACCACGCAAAUCAAACAGAUCCGCCCGUCGUUCGCGUGGCAAGCGUGGCACGCGAGUCCAUUUCACUCGUCUUGAAGAGCACCCAUGGCGUGCCCGUGUCCAGCUUGUCCUCUGCAACAUCUCCGAUCGACCGCUCCGCUUCGAGCUCAAGGCCAAUUCCGAGUGCAUUACGGCGUCCCCGAUUAGCUCUGGGCACAUUGGGCCCCGGACGCAGGCGCGAGUUUUUUUGACGUGGGAGCUGAGGGCGCAUAAUGAAGACAAGGCACUGCCCGAUCCCAAGAUUCUUCUCAUCACCGAGUUCCCGGAGUACCAGCAGCAGACGUCGCUAUCCCAGACGACGACCAGCCGUCGUACCCUGACGCAGUUGUUGUGUCUGAUGAAUGAUGGGGCCGUGUGCUGGGGUGGAAAUCCGCCCGUCGAGCAGUUCCUCUUCGACGCGAUGGGGCUCACCGAGGCGCCCAAGUCCCCCAUGCCGCCCGUCGCCCAGGGGCCGACGCCGACGACGCGCGAAUCGCUGACCAAGUUCCUCGAGCAACUGAAGCCCGAAGUGGCGGUGGCCCUCCUCCUGCUGACCGCCUACAUCUUGUUCGCCAUCCUCCGCCAGAUUCUGUUCCCGCCGCAACGCGAACGGGGCGGA